AUGACCGCUCUGAGGACUUUAGCUCUUCUUUCUUUAAUUGCAGGGUUUUCCAGCAGUCAGACUUCAGACUGCUCAUACUACAGCCUGCUGGACCACUUAAACCUGAUUGCAUCAAAUUCUGCUCUGCAAAUCGUGAGACCAGCGAAAAACUGGACCACGGCCACCCUCGUCCAGCUGGACAUGUUUUUGUUGGGUAUUUUAGACGUGGACGAGAAGUCUCAAACUAUCACAAACCACAUCUGGCUGUACACGUCUUGGACAAAUGAAUUCCUAACUUGGAAUUCUUCAGAGUUUUGUGGGAUAAAAAAGAUAUCCGUUCCAAGAUCCAUGCUGUGGAUCCCAGAUGUGAGAAUCAAUGAGGAUGUCUCUGAUACUGGGAGCAUUCAGGACAGUCCACUGGUCAUCCUGAAUUCCAGUGGUUGGAUGUACACAAGUGCACGGCAGCGGCUGACCUACACCUGCAGGCUCGAUCUCAUGAUGUUUCCUUUUGAUACGCAAUACUGCAACAUCACCUUUUCACCAAUGAGCUCCGAGGAGGACGCUAUUCAUUUAGGAACCUUCAACAGUGACAAAGUCCUGAGUAAAAUCUCAGAGGAGGCCAUGGUUACAAUGGGAGAGUGGGACCUCAAAAGGUUGAUCAUUUUCGAUGAGCCUACAGCCAGAAGCACCCUUAAAUACAUGGUUAUAGUGGAGAGGAAGCCAUUGCUGUACAUCAUAAAUUUCAUCAUGCCGCUUUUCUUUUUCCUGGUCCUGGACUUGGCUUCCUUCUUCAUUAACGAGGCCAGAGGCGAAAAGCUGAGCUUCAAAGUGACCUUACUCCUCUCCAUCUCCGUCUUACUGCUAAUUCUUCAGGACAUGUUGCCCUCCACUGAAAAGAACCUGCCAAUGAUGGCCAUGUACUGUGUUGGAGUUUUCACCCUGGUGGGGAUAAGUGUCCUGGAGGCCAUGCUGAUCACCUUCUUAAUCGAUUUUGAUGGUUUUUGUGGUGAGAAGGCUCAAAGCUCUGUAAGUGUCCAUGAGGAUAUUCAGCUGGAGGUGAGCGAUCUCACAGGUAUUGAGGAGGAGAAAGACCUCUUAAAAUCAGGUGAACCAGGAAAGUUGUUGCAGUGUUACCUUCCCGAUAACCGCCACCUUCUGAAAUUAAUCCUGGAGGAAGUGAGGGCAGUUCGAAAGGAAGCCGAAAGACGGGACAAGGACAAAAAGCGUGGGUGCUGCAGGAGACUGGCCGAAAUCACAGAUCGUGUGUUCUUUGUUUUAUAUUUAAUUGUUUCUGCAUUGUUUCUGGUCUUCAUGUGUUUAUCAUGGAUUCAAAAACUGAUUUGA